AUGGCACAAUUAAUGGGAGGAAGCACGCCGUUCUACCCGGAUCAGGUUGCUAGUUACUAUGUCCUCUUCACUUCAAUCCUAGUCCUCGGCGGCUACCUCUCCCUCCUCUUCUCGCCCGCUAACAUCCGGAAGAACUACACGCCUGGGCGCUUCCAGAAGGAAUUUUCGGAUCUUGCUGCGCGCAGUGUGGGGGCUUGGUUCUUGACGUGUAGUCUUGUUCGAAUGGGCUGUUUCUUGAACUGGGGAAACUUUGAGGGCGGUUUUGUGGGCUGGUACGAUGCGAAUCUGGUGACGCUUGCGGUUCCGGUGUGGCAUUACACUUUGGAGAAGUUGGUUUGGGGGUGA